AUGUUAGCUUUUCACGCCACCACCAGCAGUUUUGACGGGUCGAAACUACCGCGCACGGCAAAAGUCACUCGAGGAGCCAACAAGAUCAAGCGCGUCAUCUACUCCAUCAUGUUGACCAAUCUACGGCGUGAUGUUGAGCUUGGGCUUGUGAACCCAAUCACAGAACUGCAGCGAUUGUACCUGGACAGGAAGGCCGGAGACGGGAUUGCGAGCGCCACGGCGAGCCUCUUCGCACACUAUGCUCAGGAACGACAACGCUCUGUUACGACGGAGGUACCCGCCAGCUUCUGGGCAGGGCCACACGAGCUUCGCGCGAUGGUACAGUACAUGCGCGAACCGCUCAUCGUGUUGGGUGUCAAUCAGCACGGUGAUGCGCAUGUGCAAAAAUACAUGUACAAGGACUAUCGAAUACCGGACGGCUCAGUGCAUGAGUCUGGAUAUGUGGAAGCCCUACCAGACAUGGUUGCUCGUGAUUAUCUGUGUGAGUGCUGGGAGCUGUACACCAUACCCGCCAUGCUGGUUUUGCGGCGGAAUGAGAUGCGCUUCAAUGGUGUUCAACAUGGAGAGCUUCUCACGAUGUGGAAUGUCGAAGGUAAUUCGGAUUAUGCGGAUACGCUGGACGCUUCCUUUGGCUGGAUUGCUGGCGUACAGCAGCGAAACGCGGACCGGGGAGAGCUCCUUCAGGAUGGUGAAGUGCUCGCUCGCCCCGGCCAUGUUAAUGCUGCUAUUAUCCGGGAUUGCCCGACGCUCUCUUAUUGGGGUGCCGCUGAUGAUCGUAGAGGUGGAGUGGGCAUUCUGAUUAAUCCGUAUGGGGCUUUUGCCAACGCCCAACCUUUGUGGAGCAACAACUAG